AUGAUGAAAGGUUUCAAACAGAGGUUCAAGGGCUCUAAGUCGCAGUCCUCCUCUUCUUCCGGGUCUUCAUCGGGCUCUCAAAGUAAGAAAAAGGACAAAGAUUCAAAAUCCGCUGACAAGAAGAAGUCCCCCGGGAGCUCUCCAAACACCUCAGAUAACUCCAAAUUGCAAACACCAAGAUCACAGUCGAAUUUGAAGGCUAAUUCAUCUUCUUCCAGUCUAUCAAGUCAAAGUUCCAAAAAAUCAUCCACAUCGGACAUCGAAAAGAGCCAGGUCCAACAGCCAAUUCCGAUCCUGGCAACUACACCACCUCCAAACUCGGCUACAACGGCCUCCAAUGGCUUUUCGCAGCAGCACGAUACUUCGCAGUUGAGUGCUUCGCCAGUUGACAUCCCCAGAAACUCUCAUUCUUUUGAAAGAUUACCGACCCCUAACAAGCUGGAGGGCGACGUUGAUCUGCUGAAGACUCCAAAAAGACACAGCUCCUCCCGAUUCGAGCCAAACUCGAACCACGCCAAGUUCGAGACUCUUCCUUUACUCUCGGAAGUGGAUGAGCAGCACCAGAUCUCGCUCUUCGUGCAGAAGAUUGACCAGUGCAAUAUCAUGUUUGACUUUUACGAUCCAUCCUCAGAUAUUCAGGGCAAGACAUUAAAGAAAACGACGCUGGAUGAGCUGUUUGAAUUCAUCUCUUCCCACAGGUUCACAUACACAGAAGAGAUAUACUCGCACAUGGUGAACAUGUUCAAAACGAAUAUAUUUAGGCCGAUACCUCCUCCUGUCAACCCGGUUGGUGAUAUCUACGACCCAGAUGAAGACGAGCCUGUCUACGAGCUUGCUUGGCCGCAUAUGCAACGUGUGUACGAACUGUUUUUGAAGUUCAUCGAGAGUGCUGACUUCAAUCACGCAAACGCCAAACAGUUCAUUGAUCACAAGUUUGUGCUGACGAUUUUGGAGCUUCUUGACAGUGAGGACCCCAGAGAAAGAGACCAACUGAAGACCACCCUUCACCGGAUCUACGGAAAGUUUCUCAGCUUAAGAUCUUUCAUCAGAAAAUCGAUAAGUCAUCUUUUCCUGCAGUUCGUGUAUGACACCGAACGUUUCAACGGAAUCGCUGAAUUGCUUGAAAUUCUGGGUGCGAUUAUCAACGGAUUCGCCCUACCUUUGAAGGAAGAGCACAAAGUGUUUCUCGUGAAGGUUUUGAUCCCAAUGCACAAGCCAAGAUGUCUAUCGUUAUAUCACCCUCAACUGGCUUACUGUGUGGUGCAAUUUCUGGAGAAGGAUCCUUCCUUAACGGAAGAAGUGAUCAUGGGACUAUUGCGGUUCUGGCCCAAAUUCAAUUCCCCUAAGGAGGUUAUGUUCCUGAACGAGAUAGAGGAUAUCAUAGAGAUGAUUGAUGCGAAUGAGUUUGUCAAAAUCGAAGUUCCUCUCUUUGCACAACUGUCUAAGUGCAUCUCCUCGCUGCACUUCCAGGUAUCCGAGAAAGUGCUCUGUUUCUGGAACAACGAAUUUUUUCUGAACCUGGUGACGGAAAACGCCGAAGUGAUCCUGCCAAUCAUAUUCGCUUCUCUGUAUAAAUUGAGUGCUCCAGAGAUGGAGAUGAUGGAGAGAGGUGACAUGAGCGAUAUUGACGGUUUUUCUUUCAACGGAGAGAACUCAACAAUGAGUUGGAAUAGAACCAUUGUCUCUUUGGCAUGCAAUGCUCUCAAAGUUUUUAUGGAUGCAAACCCGGUUUUCUAUAGCAGAUGUGCAAUGGCGUAUGAGCAGCAAGUGGAGGAAGAGAACCAGCGGUCGGAGAUGAGGAAGUUGAAAUGGAAAGAGCUCGAAGAUUACGCAAAGAGGGUCAAAUCUCAGCAGUCAACCGAAAAUGACAGCGAUCCUAUGGUUGAUGCUAACUGA